GACGUCGUGUGACACAAAUACGGAGCUUCAGCCUUCAGGGACUUCGGAGUAAUAAAAAAGUGUGGAAUAGUGGGAGUAAGGGAGAAACUUCUAGAGAGAGAAAGUGAGAAGAAUGAGCGUGGCUUCAGCAUCUUACCUGGCUCGACGAGCUGCACAGAAGGAGAGGGUGAGAAUCCUCUACAGACGAGCUCUCAAGGACACUCUUAAUUGGGCCGUUCAUCGCCAUCUCUUCUAUCCCGACGCCGAUGCUCUCAGAGAGAAAUUCGAAGCCAACAGAAACGUGGAUAAUAUUGAGACCAUAGAUAGAAUGAUUACUGCUGGUGAGGCAACCUACAAUAAGUGGCAGCAUCCUGAUCCUUACAUUGUUCCCUGGGCUCCUGGUGGCAGCAAGUUUUGCCGUAACCCAACUCCACCUGAAGGGAUUGAGAUAAUAUACGAUUAUGGUCGCGAAGAUACUGCUUGAAUUAUGAUGGUCUUUCAUGGCAAUAAAUAAAGAUUUCAGAAGGCAUAAACGUCUGGGAGAAGUUUCCGUUCAAUCUUGUUUGUCUAGGUCCAUGUGAUGUCAAAUGUAAACCUUCUUAACUGAAAUGUUGUUUAUUUGCGUUGUUUCACAAAAUCAAGGUGUUUCUUGGUUGAUCAAAUCCAGAGUUUUAUUGGGUUUUCAGAUUUGUCUAUUGAUGUUACUUUUUCAAUAUUCUAGCAAUCCCAUUGGUGCAAAUCGUGCAUUGAACUCUUCGGAAGCAUCAUAUUUUUCAGUCA